AUGCCGCUCAGCAACAUACUCGAGGUCGAGUUGUUCGAUGUGUGGGGGAUAGAUUUCAUGGGUCCGUUUCCCUCUUCCUAUGGAAAUCGUUACAUCUUGCUAGCCGCUGACUAUGUAUCAAAGUGGGUGGAAGCAAUAGCUACUCCAACCAACGAUGCUCGAGUGGUAAGUAAGUUCUUCAAGAAAAUUAUUUUUCCACGAUUUGGUAUCCCACGUGUGUUGAUUAGUGAAAGGGGCACACAUUUUAUGGAGCAUCGAUUCGAGGCAAUGCUAAGGAAGUGUGGAGUACAACACCGGCUAGGAAUUGGCUAUCACCCUCAAAAAAGUGGCCAAGUCGAGGUAUCCAAUCAAGAAAUCAAGUCCAUUAUUGAGAAAACAGUUGCAAGAACAAGGAAGGAUUGGUCCGGGAAGCUAGAUGAUGCACUAUGGGCGUACCGAACGACCAUCAAAACGCCAAUUGGUACCACCCCAUAUAGACUUGUCUACAGGAAAGCAUGCCACCUGCCCGUUGAGCUAGAACAUCGAGCAUUUUUAGCCAUUAAAAGCUUAAAUAUCGAUGCUAAGGCAGCGGGAGAAAAGAGGUUGUUACAACUGAAUGAACUUGAUGAGCUCCGUCUCGAAGCUUAUGAAAGUUCAAAAUUAUACAAAGAAAAAACAAAAAGGUGGCAUGACAAGAACCUUGUAAGGAGAGAGUUCAAAGAAGGAGAUCAUGUCCUUCUUUUCAAUUCUAGGUUGAGAUUGUUCCCAAGUAAGCUUCGGUCUAGAUGGUCGGGUCCAUUCAAGAUCAACAAGGUGCAUCCCUACGGCACUAUUGAGUUGGAAAAUACAAGAGGGGAACCCUUUAAGGUCAAUGGGCAAAGAGUAAAGCAUUAUCGAGUUGGUGACCCCAUCGAUGAAGGAGUGGACGUCACACUCUCUUCCCCAUCACCAAGCCAAUGA